GAGGUUAUGGCAUUUUGAGUGCUAGAUUUUAUACAGUGUACAGCUAUUUCAGAAGAUUCAUACAUUUGCCAGACGUCAUGAGGAAGAUGCCUACUUUGCCACCUAUACAGACCCUGUUUGAAACAGAGGCAGCACCCAGCCUGAGGAUUGUGGCACCAGACAUGGCACAUCUAACCGCAGCAACAUUUCUGUUGGCUAUCAUUACGUCAGUUCUACAGGCAGCUCGAGGGGACACAGCAACGUGUCUACAUCACAAAUUCUGCCCCAAGCCAGAACCAGAUAAACUCAACAUACACUUCGUCUGCCACAGCCACAAUGAUGCCGGAUGGCUUCAAACAGUCGACGAACUCUUCCGCGGACCCAUUUCAGUCAUUUAUAACAGUACCGUAGAGGCACUACUGGCCAAUCCUGCGAGACAAUACAUCAGUGCCGAGAACGUCUUCUUUUCACGCUGGUUCAAAAGCCAGCUGCCGCCAAAGCAGGAACAAAUUUCGCAUCUUGUUUAUUCAGGACAGCUACAGUUUGUCGGCGGCGGAUGGACGCAGAACGACGAGGCGACGACGCAUUACACCGCUAUCAUCGAUCAGCUCACUCUAGGGCUGCGUUUCCUCAACGACACUUUCGGAAGAUGCGGAAGAGUAAAAGUGGGGUGGCAGAUUGACCCGUUCGGUCACUCUCAGGCUCAGGCCUCGAUAUUUGCUCAGAUGGGAUAUGAUGGCCAAUUUCUCGGACGCGUCAGCAGAUGGGAGUACUACAGCAGAAGCAAUUCCAAAGGGAUGGAGUUUAUAUGGAAGACCUCAUCAAUACGUGGUAGGCCAGCCGAUAUCUUCACGGGAAUCAACUAUAAUCUUUAUCAUGCUCCAGGGUUCCUCUGCGUCACAAAUACAGGCUGCUACAUGGAUAAAUCCCCGAAAGGCCUCGACGAAACGGGCAAAUCUCUCCUCAGCGAGUUUGAAACACUGAGCAACGUGUACAGCACAAAUAACAUAAUGGUCACUAUCGGCGACGACAUGUCGUUUCAACGGGCUCACAAGUGGUUUGAGCAAGUGGACUAUACAGUGAAUGCCAUCAACACUGCUGCAAAGCAAUGGAACUAUAAAGCAAGAGCUUACUACUCCACACCAGCAUGUUACAUGGCAGCACUGUAUCAGGCCAAUAUGUCAUGGCCCGUGCGCCGCGGCGACCUGUUUCCUUUUGGAGAUCACGAGCACAGAUACUGGACGGGGUUUUACACCUCUCGACCAAACCUAAAGUUCUAUGCACGCUAUGCCAAUGGAUUUUUGCAGGCCUGCAAGCAGCUCUCAGUGCUCAGAGGGAAAUAUGAUUCACGAGUUGACAAGCUUAAGGAGGCAGUGGCAAUUCUGCAGCACCACGACGCAAUAACCGGAACCUCAAAACGUUCUGUAGCUGAGGAUUAUCGAAGAAUGCUCUGGGGAGGCAUACAAGCAUGUGAAGAAGUGAUGAGAGAGGCCAUGGCAUCUCUAAUGUACCAGGAUGACCAGCACAUCAAGGACAGCCUAAGCUUCUGCCACGCCCUGAACAUCAGCGAGUGCUUUGUCUCCGAAAGCAACCGUGCGUUCACUGUUGUCAUCUAUAAUCCGUUUGCUCAUGAAGUCACCCACUAUGUGAGGCUUCCAAUAACGAGGAAUUACUUGUAUGAAGUCCUCAACCACAAAGGAGAAAAGAUCCCUUCUCAGAAUGUCCUGCUCGACACUGGCGUACGGAGCAUACCGGAGAGAAGGAGUACUGCUGAGCAUGAGCUUGUGUUUUCUGCAAGGCUUCCAGCACUGGGAUACAGCACUUUCUAUGCUGCAUUGCUCCCAAUUUUCCAAGAAACAAAUACUGCCAGCAUAGAUACUACGAGCGAAGAGACAUACAUAUCCAACGACUUCUACGACGUAGAGAUGGACCAAGCAACGGGACUGAUAAGGCAGAUAACAAUAAAAAGACUGAAGGCGGACAUGAGGCUGCAACAGUCCUUCUAUCUGUACAACAGCUCUGGCUACAAUUCAGAGCUUGGAAAUCAGCCCGGAGCUUAUGUCUUCAAUCCAGAUAAAGACACUCCACAUGAUUUGGGAGGCAAAGUGUCCUUCAGGGUCAUAAAGGGCCCCGAAGUACAGGAGAUCCAACAGAUAUUCAAUGAGUGGAUCACACAGGUCGUCCGGCUCUACAAGGACAGAAGUACCAUUGAGUUUGAGUGGGUCGUUGGUCCCCUUCCGAUUGGUUACGGCUCCGAUAUCGUGACCAGAUACGAGAGCGAUAUAGCCAACAAUGGGGUUUUCUACACAGAUUCCAACGGGAUGCAAGAUGUUAAACGAAGUCUGGCUGCUUCGUCCAAAGCAGAACCCACAGCAAGCAGUUACUACCCAGUCACGUCUUGGAUAUACAUCCAGGAUCAGCAGUACGACGUACAGAUGACCGUUGUCACCGACAGGGCUCAAGGCGGGACAAGCAUUGACCGUGGGUGCAUUGAACUAAUGGUUCACAGGCAACACGUAACAGAUGACCAUCUCGGUCUUGAAGAGACCCUGAACGACAGAGGCGCAGAUGGCAAAGGAAUCAUUGUUCGAGGCAAACAUUUCCUGCAUGUUGGAAACAUCGAAGAAUCGCGUCACACUAUUCGAAACUUGGCACUGCGCCAGGUCUACCGGCCAGUGACAAUGUUCUCCAUGAUGCCUGGUGGUCACAUCCCGACGACUCACUAUUCCGCAUUACAAGAACCCAUGCCGAUAGAGGCUCAUCUGCUGACAUUGGAAUCUGUUCGUUCGGAGCAAGUUAUUAUUCGACUUGAGCAUCACCUGCUACAAAAUGCUCUCAACGUGACCCUCUCCAACCUCCUGAAACCGUGGCUCUUAACCAACAUUCAGGAAACUCUAUUGGGAGCCAAUGAAUAUAAAAGGGAGCGGCUUCAUCUCGACUGGAAACAAUAUGUCAGACGCUACUCAGGGCAACACCUCACAGCACUUGUUACUGAGGGGGCCUAUCCCAUGGGCAGCAAGUUACUGGUUGCCUUACAUCCAGGACAAAUAAGAACAUUUCUGGUUGAACUGGUGCCAAGAGAGGCCAGAGAGUCUGAUCCAGACGUGGCAGGUUCACGUGGAAAGACAGGAUAGUACAUGGUUCCAGCUGAUAUUAUAAGAUUUUGUGAAAAGAUUUUGUUCCAGUUGUAAUUGUUAUGUUAAUGCUACUGCAACUGUAACAUAAUGUAAUAUAUAUAUUCCUCCAGUGCAUCAUAAAUAAUAUGGUAUACA